UGAUAAAUGAGACAGCGGUUGUUGUGGUUUCCUGAUAAUCACACUAUAUAACAGAGAGACCCUCAGGCAGUGUGACAGUGUGUGUGUGUGUGUGUGUGUGUCACUUUGAGGGACUGGUGUGUGUGCAGAAAAAUCAGUAAUGAUGAAGUGCUUGUAUCUUUUGUCUGUUGUGUUUCACGUCGCUGCAGGCUGUGCUCUCUCUGUUGAUGAUAAUCUGAGAGAAAUCACAGGGCACAAUGGUGGUUCAGUGCUGUUACCCUGCUCCUGCUCUGACCUGGACACCAAACCUCAGAAAUUCACCUGGUGGACCUACAGAACUGGACAUCUUAUAGAAGUGUUAAAUGAUGAACACUACCAUAGCAGACUUCAGGUGUUUAAUCACAUUUCUCCUGCUAAUCUGUCUCUGUUCAUAUCUGACCUGAGAGAAGAGGAUCAGGGAGUCUACAGGUGCAGGACUGAGAAGGAACACAGAGACAUCUGGCUCUAUGUUAAAGGCUGUGAGCUGGUGAAGAAGACAGGGGUAGAGCGUGUGACUGGGUUCACAGAAGAGUCUGUAGUUCUGCCCUGCGUCUGCACUGACCUACAGGACAAACCAAAGUCUGUAAAAUGGCAGUUUAAUGGAAUCAGAGAUGUUCAGGAAAUUUACCCUGAACAGACUGGACAUCACAGAAACAGAGUCAAACUGGUCAGUAACAACGCUCCAGGAAACCUCUCUCUACUCAUAUCAGACCUGACUGAAGAGGACCAGGGAGUCUACAGAUGUUCUGUACAGGCAGAUAGAAGAGAUUUCAGAUUAUCUGUUAAAGUAGGAAGAAGAGAAACUUCAAAAAAAGGCACAACACCUUCAUCAGAACCGCCUCAGUGUAAAACAACAAACUCUCCACCUGCAUCAUCCUCAACAACACUGGAACAAGAUAAACAGCAAACACACAGGAACCUCCCUCUAGUUUUCAGCAUUCUGGCGUUUUUAUUGUUGGUGAUACCCGGUGUAGUGGCAUUUAUUUUUUGGAGACGUAAAGGAGGAAGAUGUGGAGAGAACGUGAUUACUGAAGGACGUCCGGACUGUAAGAGAAAGCAUAAGGAUCAGACUGAACCUGAUGUUGCUUACAGUACUCUACUGUUACCCACAUGAACACAGCCGGAGCAGCACGGGUCCAGAUCAACGCUGGAGACAUAACUGAAUAUGCCAGCAUUAUAACAAUCUAAUCUACAGUAAAUAGCUAGAAUAAUACUGAAUACAUACAGUAUAUUAAAUACACACCAUGGAAAGUACAGAAUUCACAAUACUGGCUUUGUUUAUUUUACUGUGACUUUUUUUUUUACCAUAAAUAGCAGAUUUAAUCAUAUUCGUGUGCUGAUGGAUAAUCCUGCUAAUUGUAUUUUAAAUGUUUGUGUCAUUUUAUGUCAUUUGUGUACUAUACUUAUAUCAUGCUUAAAAAAUAUAAUGUUCUAGAAAAGUUUUGUCAUCACCCUGUUUUUGCGUAAGAUGACUGCUGUAGAAGUUCUUGUUUGUGAUUGUCGUGGGAAAGUCUCUCUGGACUGAAUGUGUGUUUCUAAACUAGUUGUUGGGAAAUUGUUGUGAAAACGUCCUUGUAGCAGGUUAAAGGGUGCAUGAUAGUGUGUUUGUUGAGUGUGGAGUAUCACACAGUAUUCUCUGUGCAUGGCACAACUUUCGUUAACUAAUGCUGUGAGAAAGAGGAAGUAGCCAUUUUCCCAUCAGUCCCCACUGCCCUGGCCACAGUCUUGUGGUCUCUCUGACAUGCUGAGUGUCUCAAAGUGGCUCUGAAGUACCAUGAGAACGCUAGUUAUGCAUGCAACUGUGGUUUUAUAAACUGCUAAUACUUGUCAGAGGUGUAUGUAUGACCUUGCAACAAAGUCAUAAAAUGACAUGAUUGUAAUUUAGCAUCCUGCAGAAUCUCAUAAAGAGAGGCCUUAAAGGACUCUUGCACAUGUGAGGGGGGGGACUGCUGUUACACCUGCUGUCAGUCUUUAAUAAUGUUUGCCACUUGUCAGAGUGGCUGUG